CUCCAUUCUCAACUCAAAAAAAAAAAAAAAAAAAAAAAAAAAAACAAAUUUACUUUCAAAAAGAUGAAGAAAUCAAGUAUUUUUGUAGCCUCCAUAACUGCAGCUUCUUCUGCAGCUGCUAUUUCUUCUUCCAAUUCUUCAUCCAAAGUUCGAAUUUCUCAUCAUCAGGAUAAUAGUUCGUCGAAGAAGAAGGAGGAGGAAAAUUCAUCGAGGAAAUUGGCAGAAUCAAAAUCUUCAGAUAAAUUUGCUCCAAAAUUUGAUGGAUUGAGAUUUAUUGAGACAUUGGUUACAGCUCAUAGAUAAGUUUACAAGAGGGCAAAAAUAUUUUUUGACAGAUUUAUAGGGAAAUAUUAUCUGAGGAAAAUAUAUGAAUUGUAUGAUAUCAAUUUUCUUGAACUUUUUUUAAUGGGUUGUUGAUUUUUAUUUUUUUUUUGGCUUAAUUGUUCUUGUUA